GCUAUUUUCUCAUCGCAAUGUGCCGUUCUGGCGCAUAGUAUGUAUGAAACUCUACAGAUUGUCGUGUGCGUUGUAUUUUAUUUUAGACAAGAUUUGACGGCUGUUUAAAAAAGGCCAUGGCUUUCUGUUGGAUAAUGUUAUUUCUGUGAUUCGCAUUUUCGUAAACAUCGGGAGCAAAACAUCGCAAAAUAUCGUUGAAGUGUAUGGAAAAUCUUUUUAUUUAGCGCGUGAUGUACCGCAAAUGACUCGCACGGAUACAUAAGAUAGUUUUUGUUUCAUCCCUAUUCUUCAGUCAUGGAAGAGAAGGUAGAGAGUGAAAUCAGUUACAGUAGUGAGAGUAGUAGCAGUAGUAGUUCAUCUAAUAGUUCUAGUGCAAGUUCAGAGUUUGAUGAGGAGGUCACUGAGCCUGUGCGCAUCCUGGGGCAGACCUUGGAACUUCCGCAGGAACUUUGUGAAAAUUAUGCUAUAUUCAAGGAGUUCUUUUCUAUGACUACUUGGGACAGCUUAGAAGACAAACACAAAGAGUAUCUCAAAGAACUACUGCCAACCUUUCCGGACAAUGAUGAAGAAGAGAAAGAGACCACAAUCAAAAUGUUAUUUAACUUUGAACCACUUCACUUCAAAUCUCCAAUGAAUCAAUUUUUUACAAAUUUAAGACAAGGCAACUAUAGGCCAGAUAUUGCUAGAAUGAGGAAGUUCUUGACAAAGGCCAAAGCCAAACAGCGUAGACAUAAGAAAAAGUCAUAUUAUGCAAAAAUGUUGCCAGAGGUGCUAAUAUCCAGGGAAAGACUUUUAGCUACUGCAAAAGCAGCUCCCCCAGGACCUUUGCCAUUCCUUCCAACUAUGGGUCCAAAACCUUCUAAUAAAAACAAUUACAAGCCACUUUAUGUUAGAGCAAGACAAAAGUAUUUUGAAGAGUUAUCUGCAAUCUGGAGUGAAGUUGGUGGUGAAGAAUCUGAGGAUGAGAACUAUCCAGAAGGACCACCUGAGAAUAUAUUUAAAAAAAGAAAAACAAUGCACUUUGGACAGAGUGGAGAUGCAAAUGUGUCUGGAACACUUGGUAUGGCUGAUUCUUCACAUCCUGCAUCAUUGGAUUGCCUAAAGGAUGUUUUAGCUACUCAUAGAGCAAGGAGACAAUAUAGAGAGAAUCAUCCAGAACUAAACACCACAGGUAUUUCGUUAGAUGACAUAAAACAGAGAGUGGCUUUAUUGAAUGGAGCUAAGAAACUUAUGUUUGGCAGUCAGAAAUCUGAGACCCCUGCACAAAGAUUAAAAAAAGGUGCAAAGAAGGAUACUUCUAAACAGAAACAGGAUGGUAAAACACUGCUUAAAAAAAUCAAAGAAGAGCAAGAUAGUAUAGAAAAUAAACCACUUCUUCCUAAUAUAAAGAUAAAAUGUGAAAAAGAAGAUUCAGAUUCAGAACAUUCAUCAUUUUUAGACACAGGGGCUAGUCCAAUACAUAACAAAAAGCUAAUGGAUGUAGAUAUCAAACAAGAAGUAUCUGAAAUAAGCAGUAACUACCAUGAAAAUGAUGUAGAAAAUAUGAUAAAACAAGAGCCACUAGACCCUAUGAUUGCCAUCCAAAACAGUUCUCGGAUAUGUCAACCAGUGCCUAUCAAGUUGGAAGACUUGGAUGGAAUAGACAUGAUGGCUCUACCAGUUGAGUUAGCCGACGAUUCAGGUGAAGUUCUUCCAGUGGAUACAUCGACGGAGACUGAAGAGAACCAACUAGACACUGACGAAACACUCACUGAGAUAACUCAUGCAAAUUUCUUGUCCCUUGUGCGUGCUUUGUUCCCCGCGAGGGCGGCGCAUAGGGCUUCUAAACAGCAGCUACAUGCGAGAUGCGCAGCUGUUAUGAGAUCUCCGAUAGCUCCCCUUAAUACUUGGUAUCAUUUGUCUGAUGAUUGGUGCGGAGAGUUGAAUUCAGCUUUGGAUUUUCUGGCCGGUGAGAGAGGACCCCACCCUGACGAUUAUGUUCCAUAUCUGCAGUACAUGUCUGACACAAAGCAGAUGUACCAAUGGAUCGGCGCAGGUCGGGACUGUGACGCAAUAUUGGGCCGGCUUUGUGAGCGAUGGCUUCGAGCAGUUUCACCUCCACCGCCCGCAACUGAAGCCCCACCGCCGAGGUAUCCAACGUCGUGGAUAGUGAGACAGCCGACUACUGCUGAAAUAACCGAUUUCAGAACGCAGGAGCGUAAAAGAUACGCAGCUGCGUCUAAACCGUUCACUUACAUUCAAUAUGGGUAUCGAUCUGCAGUUGGCCCGGCGACGGGGCUGCGUGCGGGGGCCGGGGCGGCGGGGGGUUCGGGCGCGGCCCUCUUGACCCAACAGAGGCCUCGGGCGGCCGCCUUCCUCGCACUUCUGCGUGACGCUCUAGCCAGACUUCCCAACGGAGAGGGCACUAGGCGGGACAUCGUCACUUUACUCAAAAUGUCCCAAUGGAUUACGCCCAACAGUGAACAAGCAUUGUCAAUAGCCGUUGCCAACGCAUUGGAAAGAUUGGUUUCAGUCAAGCGAGAUCCGAUAGUGAAGUACGACCAACGGACGGCCUUGUGGACUUAUUUGCACAGGCACAAGAGCGAAGAGGAUUGGGUGAAAAGUGCGACAAGUCGUGGGCGCGUAAACAAAGCCAAUGCGUCUGCUCAUCAAGUUAACUCAGCUCAGACUUCUAUGGAAGUAGAUGGCCAGAACUUAGAAGAUAUACAUGAUAAUGCCUCAGACAGCGACGUAGAUGUUGAUGAUACAGGUGCACCAACCUCUGCACAACAUCUCUCCUCCGCACAAUUACUCAUGCAAGCCACUCAGGCCACCCAUCCAAAACCAACAACAGCAAACAAACAAAAGGGAAAACUCGUGCCAGCAAUGCCGAAAGUCAAAACAAUAACCCCGAAACAAAACGCUAAAAUGCCCUCGUUAGUUCAAACAAAACAGACGCCAAAACAAUCGAACGCACCACCAAAAUCCAACCAAACUAAUGCAACACCCAAACAACCCAACCAAGCAAACCCGUCCUCAAAACAAUCGAACAUAACACCAAAAGCAUCCCCGAAACAAACACCCCAAAAACAACUCUCACAAACAAAUCAAAAACAAUCCUCACAAACAAAUCCAAAACAAUCAGCACAAUUGAAUCAAAAAGCAUCAACGCAAACGAAUCAAAAACAAUUGGCUCAAACAAAUCCGAAACCAACAAGCCUCUUAACCCCUGCGAAAUCAAUGCCCAAUUUAACAAAGCAAAACACUGCGAAGCAAGCCGCUUCACAGAAGCAAACAGUGAAGCAAAGUGCUCAAUCGCCGAAGUUGAAGCAGAUAGUAGUGCAAACGGUGAAGCAAAAUGCUCCAUUGACGAAGCAGAAUAGUGAACCCACGUUGCAAGUGCCGUCUACUAUGCCAUCGAUUGUUGUUACGCCGCAAAGGUCGCCUUUGAUGAAACAGAAGUCUUUGAAGAUUGAAACGUCACAAGCACCUGUAACGCUACAUAUACCAGUACAACAAUCAUCUUCACCAACUGUGAUACAACCUAACUUUAAUGUGGUGUCCCUCCAUCAGAAUACCUUAAACCAAUCGGCCAAGAUGACACAGGUGACGCGAUCUCUAUUGAUAAGGCCUCCGACGAUUCAAACGGCAUCUAGUGCCCCUACGAUUACUGUUUGUACGCCGGCAACCCAGAUUACUCAAAGCGCAAGACGGGGUAUAGUUAGAGUUUUAAGUCCGGCGGCGCCAUCUACCGGAAAAUCGCUUAUUUCACCUCGUGCGCUUAUGCAGCAGAGUACACCACCAACUUCAAAAAAAAGGGCGUCCGUACCAGGUACUACUUCAGUAAUGACAGUAGCACAGAGUACUACAAACACAACAAAUGUGGUAUCAAGUAUACCAACCGCUGUGUCAUCGUCUGUUACCACAAGAACAGUUCAGUUAGCUGGUGGUCGAACUGUGCAACUGGCCGCCAACCAAACAGUUCACUUGCCCGGUGGACAGGCAGUGCAGUUGUCUUCUGGACACACUUUGCAACUGUCAUCUUUACAACUACCCACCCAUAGUGUCCGGUUACCGAGUGGACAAACAGUACAGCUGGCAACGUCUCAAACUAUGCAAGCAGUCCGAGCCGUCUCUACAUCCCAAGUCAGAAACCCCAGUCCGAGAAUGCAAACCACUACGUCAAGCAUCAAACCCAAUCAAUCAGUUCAAAUACCGGUCUCCACGGUUCAGUUGGCCGGACAAACCGUCCAAAUCGCCGGCCAAACCGUUCAGUUGACCGGCCAGAGUAUGCAAUUAACCGGACACACAGUGAAGUUACCCAGCGGACAAAGUGUUCAAGUUGCAAGUCAAAGUGUUUUACCGUCACAAAGUGUUCAAUUACCUAGUGGUCAAACAGUUCAGUUAUCGAGCGGCAACAUGCAAGCCGUUCAGUUAGGGCAAAACGUUCAGUUAGGCGGACAAACUGUGCAAAUACCAAGUGGCCAGAAUGUGCAAUUAGGGGGGCAGACAGUUCAAAUUGGCGGUCAGACCGUCCAGUUAGCGGGAGGGCAAACAGUUCAGUUGCCAAGUGGCCAGACGUUACAGUUAUCGAGUGGACAAACUGUUCAGUUAUCUAGUGGGCAGACUUUGCAGUUGGCGAGUGGACAGACGCUUCAGUUAGCGAAUCAACAGACGCCAAAGUCGAUAGGUCAAGUAGUUAGGACGCAGCCUUCAGGUGAAAAAAAUUCGCAGCCUAUUGUUGCCAAAUUAUUAACGAAUGCUCAGACGCAGAUGAUUUCGCUAGAGGGCAUGAUGGGCGGAGGUGCUGGUAGAGCGAGGGGCAUUCGAGUACUAGCCCCCAACACUCGACUGGCGAGGCCCUUACUCCUCACUUCCGCAAAACCGUUACAUAAUAUAAUAUUACAGCAAAGCGACGGAACCGCUAUUCGGGUGACUUCAACCGGCGGGACGGCUACCUCUCAAACAAUAGUACUAAGCAAUUUAGGCAACAAUAGCAUAGGAGCUCAGACAGUCACAACAUCUUCAACAACAACUCCCGUGUUAAAAUUACAGCAGGUGAAUCCGAUCCAUCAGGUUAAACUUCCGCAGGGAAUUAAAAUUCAGCAGGCUGCUACUAGCGCGUCUGGGACGACGCCAACUGGAGUAAGAAGCGUUCUUAUGGAUGGGCAGCAGUUGAAACUGGUGAGCGGCAGGCAUGUUCUCGCACGACUUUUGAAGCCAACACAUCCGCCGCCUUAGGGCUUCACGCUAAGUUGUUUUUAUACUGUGUAAAAUGUAUGUUAAAAUUACAUGUUCCCAUCCUGAGAUGUGUUAAGCUGGUAGCAUACUUAUAACACGCCACUUGUUACGUUGGGUGUUUGCGUUUAUCUGAUUAUGUAUAAUACCAAUAUUUUAUUUGACUCAUGUCGUUGCGCCGGGUAGCGUUUUAUAAGUGUGCCAUGGUUCCUAAGUUAUCAUGAUUGCCAUUAAAAGUUUUGAUUAGCGGUCGAUGAAAUAUACUUAGAAAGUGUGAACCAGCUUUCUCGAUCCUAAGGCGACAAUAACCAUAUCCAUGACAGUGUUCUCGUGAUGGACGUACUAAGGUACUAGUAUAACCCAUCAGGUAUAAAAAAGGUGAAAUUUAUUGUUAGGGACCUUUUUUAUUUCUCGUUAAAUAGUGAUUAAAAUGACUUUUGAUAACUGACAAAUAAGGUUCAUAAAACCUAUGAAGCUCGCUUUAAAAACAAAAUCAAUUAAUAGAGUUAAUAAAACCAAUAAAAUGAUCCAAAAGAGAUAUUAGUACGCCAAAUAGUUUUUGACCAAUGAACAAACGUAGAUUUCUUAAACUUUUAUAUGUUAGAUAGAAGCAAGUGUUGCUGUGUGGAAGUGGAAAACUCCGUGAUUCAAGAGGAACACUAAAGUUUGAUUUGCAGAUAAAUCCGUGUAGUGCAACAUCGCCUUCCGACGAGUUUGUUCAGAGCUCCUAGUGUUUUAGUUGUAGUCAACAAACUUAAAUAUAAACUUAAAAUACGAGUAAUCUGUCAAAUAAGUGAAUCUGUCAAAAUUUUACGUUUUGUCCUUAAAAAAUAACGGAUUUACUCUCUCCUGGAUCUAACGUUAACUAACAUUGAAACUUACAUUAAAGCUAAACACGCCUACUUCACUCACGAAAUGUUUACCUACAGCAGCAGAGCCUUAUUUUGGUGCAAGGAGUUACUAUCAUGGCCAUCAGUAUUAUUUCAAAAUUACAGAUUAUUUGGCAUGUCUUGACGUCCCAAAAAUAGGAAUAAUCCUAGAACAAAACAAUAACAGCAAUAUAAAAAUUGUGCUUUAAGCGAUGAUAGUAAGACUGAUUAUGGAAUAAACACGAAAUAUGUUUUUUUUCCUUAUUUGUACGUUAAAUAGUGACAGCAGCGUCUGGCCCGAAGCAAUUCGUAAUCAUUCACUCUCGCUCAAAAAUUAUGCACCACUUAAUUUAAACUCGAACUUUUACAUUGACACAGCACAUUAUUUUGGUAACCUUGCAAUUGUGUUGGUCGUUGCAAUAGUAGAGUGAUGCGGAAUUGAGUAUAAUAGUGUCCUUUUUAUUAAACUUUUUAGUUACACAGUUUAACUAGAAUAUUACCAGUCAUAUAUACAGGGUUAAUUUUUAUCCACCUGUAACUUUUCCAGGUUUGGUCAACAUUUUAUUGCAUAAUAAUUGAUCUACGAAACGAAUACCAUGUUUUUAAAGUGUGUAUCUUCCCAUCCCAUACUUUACCAUCCCAUAUUUUAAAUCCUCUAUAAAAGAUUCUGAAACAGUUUGCUUAUUUCCGACAUUAAAACACCCACAUAAUGUUUUACUGAAUUUCAUUAUAACUCUUUUUUCGAUCCUUUUACUCAACAGACAGCCACAUUCUUACUGCUUGGUGUAAUUUCGAAUUCCACAGAAAUGAAAAUAGUGGAGUGCUAAAAAUUAAAAUUCCUCUGAGUACAUCGGGAUCGGGACCUUUCAACAUUACAGAACAUAUUCAAGAAUAACAGUUUCAUUUUUGUGCCUUUUGGAGUAGAGACUUUGGGACUGUGG